AUGUCUCGCGAAGCGCAAGUAUACCAAAUUUUGCGCAAGGCUCAAGGGUCUGCUGUGCCCGUAUUUUUGGGGACGAUCGACCUGGCGAAAAUUUAUUUCCUUCAUGGGGCUGGAGAGAUUCGCCAUAUGCUCGUGAUGGGCUGGGGAGGCGAAAGUACAACCUCGAUGGAACUCACGCCUAUCCUUCUCCGGGAGAUACAUAAGUCGAACAGAGAGAUCAAAGCUUUGGGAAUCAUCCACGAAGACCUUCGGCGUGAUAAUAUUCUGUGGAACGAAGAGCUUGGGCGGGCGUUGAUCAUCGACUUUCACCGCUCCACAUUGAAAAGUCGACCGACUUUGCAGCGACCACGAGCCGUAAAACGACGACUAUCUCAACCAGAGAUAGGUGAUCCAAAACGUCUUCGUGUGACAUGA